GCUUAGAUGGGUGGACAGGACCGAAUAAAAAGUCAUAUUGGAACUUUGUCAUUCACAGUUUUACUGGACGAGAAUACCUUUGGAAAAUACUUGAUCUAUCCGAUCAAAGUCAUACUGGAGAAACCUUACAAAAUUGUAUUCAAAAAAUUUUUGAUGAACUUGGAGUAGAUAAAUUCGGAACGAUAGUAACUGAUGGGGGUUCUAACUGUAUACUUGCACGAAAAUUAAUCUCUGAUCAUUUCGCAAAAAAAAUUCUUUAUCAAUGUGCUGCGAUUGUAAAGUUUUUUAAUUUGUCACAUCAAUUAUAUUCAUUGAUUAUAAACAAAAAUAUAUAUGGUGGCGGAUUAAAAACUUAUACGAAGACUCGUUGGACUAGUGCAUACGAAUGUGUAUAUUCGAUUUUAGAUCAAAACUCACAUUUAUUCAAUAACAAGACCGGAAAAAUUAUUAAAACAUUUUUAAAGUCUCGUAGAUUUUUUGAUAAUGUUUUAGACCUCUCUAAAGUUUUAAAGCCAAUUAAAGAUAUGAUUACAUGUCUUGAAAGCAAAACGGCUAACUUAGCCGACUGUUAUUUAGGUUAUCUUAAACUAGCCAUCGCCAUUAAAAAUAUUUUUCAAGAUCACUAUUUAAUGUUCUAUCGAAAAUGUAUUUCAAUUUUUAAUGAAAGAUUUAAUACAUUUGACUAUGAUGAAUAUUUAUUGGCAUACUAUUUACAUCCUCAGUAUCGAGGUACCGGAAUUAAACAAUUGCAAUUUGUUCGUAUAGCUGGAAUUGCAGGCCGCUUAUGGAUUAAAAUGAAGUCUAAUACUAAAAAAGGUGGUCUAGAAAUGUUAAAAGCACAAUUACGCCAAUAUGCUUGCAAUGAGGAGCCUUAUAAUAGAUCUUAUGUAUCAACUAUUGAUAGUCCAGUUCGAUGGUGGAAAACUACUGGAGAUGGGAUUGAAACCAAACCGGGUGCACUUUCUUCUUUAGCAAUUAAAUUAUUUUCAGUACGUCCUCAUGUUGCAAGUUGUGAGCGUGUGUGGUCACGUUGUGGAUGGUUUUUAGGAGACCGACGUACUAAUUUAGGAACGAAGAAUCUUGAGUCAAUGGUAAAAAUAAGUUCUUAUUUAAUGUCAAAUGCUAAACAAGAACUACAUUAUUAUGGAUUGGAAUUAACAGAAAGAGAACUACAAACUGUUUUUCAAGAUAUUGAUUUAUUCUCUGAAGUUAAUGAAGAGAAUAAUGAUAAUUUAGAUAAUUUAAGCGAAUUUACAAAUUUUUCUGAUCCUGAAAUUGAACACCAAGACUUAGCGCUCGAAAAUUUUAUAGAAUUAAAUAAGGUAGAGCCAGAUGCUGAUGAUGAGAACGUAGAUAGAAAUAAUGAAGAACUUGAUGAAGAAGAAUUCGUUAGUGAAGAAUUUGAUGAAAACAAAUUCGGCGCAGAGGUUGAAGAAUUAGUGUAUA